CAUUGCAAGAUGACCGCCAGCGCUAAAAGCCAUUGGAAGAAGGCAGCCAAGCUCACUGUUGCUCUCUUCUUCAGAGGCUUCAACACCUCCAGAUGCAAGACGGCGGCCAAGUUGGCGGUGGCUCGGAUCAAGCUUCUCAGGAACAAGAGACAGGUGGUGGUGAGGCAGAUGAGGCGUGACAUUGCUUUGCUUCUUCAGUCUGGUCAAGAUGCCACUGCUCGUAUCAGGGUUGAACACGUGAUGAGAGAACAGAACAUCUUGGCUGCUAAUGAGUUCAUUGAGCUCUUCUGUGAACUGAUCGUGCAAAGACUUUCAAUCAUUGCAAAACAAAGAGAAUGCCCUGCAGAUCUGAAAGAAGGGAUAUCAAGUUUAAUUUUUGCAGCUCCUCGAUGUUCUGAAAUUCCAGAAUUGGUUGCACUUCGGGAUAUUUUCGAGAAAAAAUAUGGCAAAGAUUUCGUUGGAGCAGCUACUGAUCUACGACCCGACUGUGGUGUAAAUCGAAUGCUUAUUGACAAGCUCUCUGUUAGAACCCCUGCUGGUGAAGUAAAGUUGAAAGUCCUGAAGGAAAUAGCCAAAGAAUACCAGAUUGAAUGGGACACAACAGAAUCUGAAACAGAACUUCUCAAGCCACCUGAAAAGCUUAUCGAAGGACCGCAAACCUUUGUGAGUGCUUCCAGCAUGCCUGUCAAACUUGCAUCGGAGCAGUAUGUUCAGCCAAACAACCCACCACCACAAUAUGUUCAGCCAAACAUCCCACCACCCCAAUAUGUUCAACCAAACAACCCACCGCCUUGCAGAUACUCGGGUAAUGGUCAGAACGUCAUGCAUUUUGACGACACUAAAUCAGCUGCUGAAGCUGCUGCAGAGUCGGCUAAGAUGGCAAUUGCUGCUGCAGAAGCUGCUGCAUACUUGGCAAGCAAAGACUCGAAUCAAUCAACUCAACAACACGGAUUCACAAAUGAUUCAAGAUACGUCAAAAAUUUCGAUUUGGUUUCCAGCAGUCCUGCCAUCAAUUUCACCAAACCGAGUUCUGAGAGGUCUCAUGUUUCAUCAGACAGUACAAAGUAUAAUAGGCGACAUAGUUACAAUGCAUCUGGUGUCAAAUUUGACGAAUCAGAUUGUGAUGAACAACCUGAAAUAGACGAUAGCAAGAUGUAUAGAAGACACACCUACAAUGCUCCUCCUCCAGGGUCAUCUGUCAAAUUUGAUGAAUCAGAGUCCGAAUGUGAUGAAGAAAUUGAAAUGGAUCAUGACCAUGACCAUGGUCCACCGAACCGGCCAGCACCACGUGCUCCUCCUAUGAAACAAGGUCAGCAGCGAGUUCAUCCAAAACUGCCAGAUUAUGAUACACUUGCUGCUCGUUUUGAAGCUCUCAAGCACCAACAUAAGUGAUGGUCGUUGGCGAGCGUUUUGGUCCCUUCGAUGACAGAUAUACUAUAUUAUGUUGGCGGAAUGUUGAAUUUGAUUACUGGUGGUGGGUAAAGAUGGUUGUUUGUCUUCAUUUUGAUUGUUUCAUUUGGCAUGAUCAUUCGUUUAUUUGUAGUAUCUAUCUAU